UGUGUGGCGUCGGUAGUGGUUAGACGAGCUUUCUCUCACUCCACCAGCUUGGUGCUGUCAGAAAGUGCUGCCUUCUCCCUCCCUCCCUACCUCCCUCCCUUCUCCCUGGCCCGAAAGCCCGUCUCCUGAAGGGUUCCUCGACCGGAGAAAGAAGGCCGUCGACGUCAGUUGCUCCCGAGCACCUGCGAGGUCAAGAUAUUUUAAGAGGGAAGGGAAGACGCGUCCUUCUUCGAUAUAGUGAACAUUACGGAAACUUUUCGAACCAGCCAUGAGGUUGUCAGUGCUGGUGACGCUGGGCGUCUUCUGCCUGGUGGUGACUACGCAUCCAGCCAAGGCCUCGAGGACGAAACGGACGAUCGGAGACUGGUUUUCGAAGCUCUGGAAAGGAUGGAAGAAAGAGCCCGAACCUGAUUACGACGAACCCAUCUAUGUCGCCGUUCCGCAGCCCGUCUACCAACCUCCACCCAUCAAACCCCACUACGGUCCACCCCCGGCCAUCCACGCCCCACCGACAAGCUACCACGCACCUCCGAUCCACCUCCACCAUGGAGGAGGAUAUGGCGGAGGCGCUCCUAUUGGAGGACUUGGUCUAGGAGGAGGGCAUGGCAUAGGUGGUGGUAUAGGCGGGGGCAUCGGUGGUGGCAUUGGUGGGGGCAUUGGUGGAGGGUAUGGCAUUGGAGGAGGACACGCUAUAGGAGGUGGCCUUCCUAUAGGUGGACAUGGAAAGGGUCAUGCCAUAGGAGGACAUGGAAAAGGUCUUGGCAUAGGUGUUGGACAUGGAGUAGGAGUAGGGCAUGGAGUAGGGCAUGCUAUAGGAGGUCAUGGGAAAGGGCACGCCAUUGGCGGCCAUGGGAAAGGGCACGCUAUUGGUGGUCAUGGAAAAGGAAUUCCCCAUGGAUUUGGUCCAGUCAAGGAUUCAGACAUUCUCCACGGAGGCAAAGGAGGCCUCGGAGGCCACGGAGGUCACGGAGGCCUCGGAGGAGGCCACGGAGGCCUCGGAGGAGGCCAUGCACACCACGCUGCCCCAGUCAUUUCAGACACAUACCAUGCUCCUUCAGUGCCAGUGAUCUCCGACUCAUACAGUGCUCCCGUAGCUCCGGUGAUCUCCGAUUCCUACAGUGCUCCUGCAGUUCCAAUUAUUGAAGAUUCCUACAGUGCACCAUCAAUUCCCAUAUCUUCUCCAAUCGCGCCACCAGUCGUUCACGCACACGUGGGUGCCCCCGUUGGCGGUGUUGCAGAACCAAGCAAUGAUUAUCGCGCUCCACCUUCGUUCCCUCCACCCAUGGCAGCUCAUGGAUCUUCAUCCUCCUCCUACUUGGAAGGAAGCUUCCAACCAUCACAGCCUCUCCCAGUUGAACCAAUUGUACCAGGUCCAGAUGCUCUUGGACCAGUUGUCCCAGCACCAUCUCUGCCAGCGCCACCUGCACCUCUUUAUGACCUUCCCCUAGGACCUGAUGGUCCAGGUGCAGUGUUUGACGGUGCCCCAGCACAUGUUGACAUUCUUCCCCCAGCACCUCUUGCCCUAGAAACUGAUGCUGUGAAUGCAGCAUCCUUCGCUGCUGGCAAAGAAGCAGUUGGCAUCGGUGGUGGUAUUGAUAUUGGAGAUUCGUACGCUGCACCAACUCUGGACCUCACAUAUGGAUCACAGUUAGGACCUGAUGACCCUAUAAUCGAAAUUGUAUUCCAAGAUGGAGAGCCUGCUCCUGCUCCACCUCCUCCAAUAAUUGACCCUGAGCUUUUUGCCCUUCAGGAUGAUGAUGUUGAAGUUUAUUUCAUUGAAUAUUCUCCAGGUGAUAAUAUUGAUGAUAUAGCUGCUCUGAGCUUAGACGGGGCCCAACCUGCCAUUCUUCAUGACUUACCCCAAGAUUUGCCCAUUGACCUCCGUUCACAGCUGAUGGGCUCAGGCAUACUUGAUGAUGCUGAAAUCCAAGUCAUCGACUUAGAUGAUGCUCUAUCUGACAACAUCCUGGAUCCACACACUCGCACUGCUCUCGAAGCUGCUUUUGGAGCAGAGAGUCGUUUAAGUAAAUCAGUUGUUCCUGCCCCAAAAGGUGAUGUAGAGGUAAAAGUGCACCGACUGGCCAAUGAAAAAGGUUCACCUGAAUCCACUGCAGAACUACUGUCCCGACUUCAAAACUACCGUGAGGGACGUUUCAUAGGUUUGGUCAAAACUGGUACCAAUGACACAAGGAGGUUUUUACCACUCACUGUAGAUGGGGAAAAAAUUCCACUGCCCAACUCCCUUGACCUCAGUGGACAGAAAGUAGCUGAAGUCCUCGUUGUAGCCUCAAAUGAUGGAGAGGAUGUUGGUGAUGAUGAUGGUAACGACAAUGAAGCCAAAAAACUUCCACCACCAGCUAACACAAACAAUCCCGAGCAUAACCUAGUGUCAGAAGCUUCAAACCUAAAACCAGUCAAAGUAGCUGCAGAGGUCAUUGCGGAAGGCCUCGACCGCCAAUGGCACGGUGACCCCAAUGACUGGCGCCCAGUUUGGAAUUAAAGAGUAACGGCAUUUUUUCACAUAAUGAAAGAACUUGGAGCAUUCUUGGUUUAGUUUAAGGAAAUCAGAGUUACCUUCCUCCUGCGAUGCGGGAGGAAGUAUUAAAUGUUUCAGUCUGCCACUGAGUUUCUCGAGUUUUGACAUCAUUCUCUAUUACUUUUGUUUAAUUAAGACACUUACUCUGAAUGUUUGUUUUAUUACUUUUUUAUAUUUAACUAGAAAUAAUGUCAUGAAGAUGUAGCUUUGAUGUUACUUCAUGUUUCCUCGCUCGUGAGUAUCUCACGAGAUAGCCUCACCCAGUCCUUGUCACAGCACGAAUGUUCUUAAGUGAGUGUCGUUGUUGUCUUCCUCAUCAUCACCUCCACCACAACCACCUCAUCCUCAUCGUCACCGCCAUCAGUCCCUCUGUCAACCCCACUUUUCGUCACGAGAGCGAGCCAUGUUCUCACCAAAGAGUUUAUAACCAGUAUGAAUGAGUCUUCCCUUCAGGCGUGCCUAGUGCAGCAGCGCUUGGAAUGUCAGGCUGCCCAGUUUCUCUUUCAAGCUUUUCACCCGACUUCCAAAUUCUGCAGCUCAUAUAUUUAAAGUGUCACACCCCCUGCAUGUCACAUCCAAAUGAAAUCUAUAGUCUUCCAUACUUUUGUCAUAAAUGUUGGUUUCUCUUAAUACGUCAGAGAUGUGUUGCUUCUUCUUGAUCAUACUCACAGUAUCCAUGCCCAAUCAUUCUAUAGCUAUUAAACCGAGCUGUAAAUACCGCUUUGUUAGACUAUUGAACAUAUCUCCAGUAUUCAUAAGCCUUUUUAAUUAGUCAGGUUCAGGACGUCUGUCCAAUAUCCUUCUUGUCUAAGGAAAGUAUUUAAUGUCAUAACAAAGAAAAGUAUUUUAUAGGAAUACCAGUUGAUUAAAAACUUCUGAAGGCCAUAAUUCAAGUUAAGUACAUUUUGAUACUUCAAAAUACGUCAUAGCUGUGGACAAGGCAUUCCUGUAAAUACUGUUUGCCAACCUUGUUCACUGCCAAAAUAAGAUGUAACUGAUUCCAUUACAGAUAUUUUUCUAACAGAGUUGUAAAUAAAGUUAUAUCAAUAUUUUCUUGCCAGAUGUUUUCAAACUUUUUUUUCUUUCUCUGUUUCCGUUUUGACUGGGAAUUUUUGGGUGCAUCUAGUAACUUGUUCCGUAUCUAAAAGUUGAAUUAGGUUAUGUUCCAAAAUCUCCUACCUACCAUUCAUGGUUACUGAUUAAGGGAGUGUAAGCUUAUGUGAAUAAUGUAAAAGAGUCAAUUAAUCUAUGUAUAAGAAAUUCUAUCUUUAUGUGUUCAGUUGCUCAAAUGGUUCUUACCUUUCUGCAGGCAGAAAAAAAUUGCAGUCAUAUUAUUUUUGAUAAAUAUUAUGAACUGAAUGAAAUUUUGUCAUGUACAGUAAUUUAAAUGAAUAAAUAUACUUAAUCAAAA